UUAAAUAAAAGCUUCUUGCUGCAAGAAAAAAGCAGCUCACGAAUUUCAACAUUACGACUCUGUGCAUGGUGGUGAUCCAGUUGAAUGCGUCUAAUCGUCGAAUGAUAAAACUUUCGUGCCGGUGCCAAAACAAAAUAUAACCCUUUGAAUACCGACUUCUUUGCCAACAGCCCCGGACAAAUACAGAAAAAAAGACGAGAUAAUUAUUCCGGGCAAGUGAUCAUACUGUUAAUUAACGGUAUUAUUUAAAGUCGAUAAAUAGAAAAAAAACAGAGGACAGGUUUUCGGUCAAUCAAUAAAACGCCUGACCGCAUAUUUUGACAGUUAUUUUCCUCUAUACUGGCAAAAACAAAAAAAAGAAUGUUGAAACUCCAAGUACUCAUACCUAAUCAAUUUCUUCAUCAAUUUUCACGAAGCAGCACGAAUAAAUUAUUUUUUAUCCAAAGUUUCACGACUUUGGGAAAUCUGUAUUCAAAAAUGUCCGUUGAGGAGGAAAAACAGAAAUUUUUGAAAAUGUCACUAGAAGAAAAAAGAAAUCAUUAUCAGAUCAAUGCAACGACAAUUGAUCAGAUAAUGAGUUGGAAAGACUACUGGUUGAAGAACAAGGCUGCCAUAUCGAGAAAUAAUGUAGACGAUCCUGAGAAAGUAGAUGGAGCGUUGGCAAGCAAAGUUUCCAUGUGGCAAGGUGAUAUAACGUCUUUAGAAAUUGACGCUAUAGUGAAUGCAGCAAAUUCAAGUUUGAUGGGUGGCGGAGGAGUUGAUGGAGCAAUUCACAGGGCGGCUGGACCAAGCCUGAAGAAAGAAUGUGCAACUUUGGGUGGUUGCCAAGUUGGUGAAGCAAAGAUAACAGGGGGAUACCAUUUGCCUGCUAGAUAUAUAAUACACACCGUUGGACCACAAGGUGAAAAACCAGAUAAAUUACGAGAAUGUUACGAGAACAGUCUUGGAUUGGCAAUGAAAAAUGAUUUGAGGACCAUAGCGUUUCCUUGCAUAUCAACAGGAGUUUAUGGAUAUCCACAAAAGUCAGCAGCCAAAAUAGCACUUGCCACAGUGAAGAAGUGUCUCGAAGAGAAUGAGGAUAAAAUUGAUCGAGUUAUAUUCUGCUUGUUUCUUAAGAGUGACAAAGACAUCUACGAAGAAUUGUUGCAAAAAUAUUUUGCUUUUGAAUGAACGCAACUGUUAACAUGUUUAGGAUUUUUCGACUCCGUGAAUAUUUUUCUUUUAUUUUAAUAUCAAUUUGCUAAUGCUCAAUGAAGAAUCAAUGUGAUUGAAGGAACGAAGAAAAAAAGGAAUAUUGUCUAAAUUAUAAAUUCGUUUUCAUUUUUUAUUCGCUUGAAUUAAAAUUUUUACAAUAAAUUAAAUUAUUUCAAAA